ACAGCGGUGGGCGUGGCCUGGGCCGGAAGUGGGCGUGUCCAGGUGCGCCGGCCCCGCCCCCUCAGGCCCCGCCCACACCUGUCCGGUCCAAGAUGGCGGCGGCGCUGGGGGCGCUGCUGGCGCUGCUCGGUGCGCCGCUGCAGGUGUGGCCGCUGCAGGUGUCGGUGCCCGAGCCCCGCACGGUGGCGCUGCUCUUCCAGCCGGUGCUGCUGCGCUGCCACUUCCAGGUGAGCUCACCUGGCCCCGCGCCCAUCGUCACCUGGAAGUACAAAUCCUUCUGCCCCGACACCUGGGCGGGGCCCGGCGCCACCUGGGACUCACCUGGCGAGGCGGCGGGCGCCUGCCCCGACUCGGCGCGCACCGUGCGCAUCGUGGCCACCAAGCAGGGCCAGCAGGUGACCCUGGGAGACUUCUACCUGGGCAGGCCCGUCACCAUCCAGGGAGGUGCGGAGCUGAGCCUGGGCCCCGCGGCCUGGGGCGACUCCGGCCUUUACCUGUGCACGGUGACCUCGACCAGCGACCUGCAGGGCAACAACGAGGCCGUGGCCGAGCUGGUGGUGCUGGGGUCUCUUCCCGAGGGCUCCCGGCUGCUGCCCGAGGGGACCCUGCCAGAUUGGCUGUUCGUGGCGCUGGUGGCGCUGGGGGCGGGGCUGGUGGCGCUGGGGGCGGGGCUGUGCUGGUGCCAGUGCUGCCCCCACACCUGCUGCUGUUACCUGCGCUGCCCCUGCUGCCCCCGCACCUGCUGCUGCCCCGAGGCCCUUUACCUGGCCGGGAAAGCGGCGACCUCGGGGGGCACCUUCGGCCCCUCCCCCCACCCAGCGCUGCCCCUGCAGCUCCUCGGCAGCAGUCAGAGCUCUCAGGUGCCGCUGCUGCGGGACGGCGACAGCGCAGCCCCCUCGGGACCCCCCCCCAGCGUCCUGCGGUACCUGGAGGAGCAGCUGCACACCUGGGGAGGGGGCGGGGCCAGGGAGUGGCCCCCAGGCCCCGCCCCCAGUGACGUCACUUCGCUGCACGAGCCCCCCCGGACCCCUCCCCCCCCCCGCUCGCGCUCGGCCGAG